CUGUACCAAGUGAGUAGUUGACUCUGAUAAAGAGGAUGCGACCAUCACCAGAGAAUUCAUCAUCAAUAAAGACUGCAAUCAAUCAAACCUUCAGUUACCGAAGGAGAUGGAUAACAACAAAAUCCCCAACUGUUGCUGAAAUCUUCAAGGAAUAUCCUAGAUUUCUUGACAUGCCAGCUUUGAUGGACAUUGAAUUUUCCAAGCUCACCGAUGGGAAAGAAGACUUGUUUAUCCGGAAAUGGGAAGGGACGAUAAUUCCAAGACUCAAGGAAAUAGCAUCCUUGGAGAAGAAAAAUGACAUCAGACACUUACUGGAGAAGGCUGAGAAUCAGCAUGAUGAUGAACUGUGUUACACUAUGUUGAAGAUCCUUAUUCAUCUUCUUCCACCCACUGCAUCUGGGAGAAGUUUUGCUGGGAGUAAAUGCUGUGUGACUUCUGCUGUGUCCUACCUGUUGGAGCAAGUGCCGGCUGGUACCAACGUUACAUCUUUGCUCGCUGAAUCCAUGAAUGGGACCCUGAAGUCAGCUCAGCCGCAGUUGGUUUCCAUCGGUUCUCUAGGACAUGGAUCCCAGAACGUAAUUGUGGCAAAGAAUGACUCUUUUGCUCUUCCACUUGAUGUUGAAAGCCUGACCUGUGCUGUAGACAGACUUUUCAAAUUCUACUGGCUGUGCAACCUUCAGUAUCCAUGCCAACUGUCUUCUGUUUUUUCUUUUUUUGAGUAUAUAUAUGACCUGUCUUUGUCCCAGUCAUCUUGCAAACGAUCAAAGGUCAUGGAAUUGAUUGCUAAGGUGCAGUCUCGUACCUAAUUGAAAUAAGCAUGUACACCUGUCCAAAGUGUCUUCAAAAUGAUUUUGUUGAAACAAAGGGGUUAAUUUGGCAUUUAAGGGAAGUGCAUGCACUCUCUGAUAGUUACAACCUAACUUUAAUUUGUAGUCAAAAUGGUUGCCCAAGAACUUAUCAUAAUUUCAAUUCCUUUUUAAAACAUCUGAACAGAGAUCAUUUUAAAACGAAUUCAGGCCCUUCUGACGAGUCAGGACAUACAAAGAACUUAGAUAUAUCCUAUCAAAUUGAUGAAAGCAGAAUAAAUAAUUUUGAGGAUAAUGUCCAAAUGUCUAAAACAGAGCUAGUUCCUCAGAGCAGUUUAAACCUAAAAGACUUUUGCUUUUGCUGCCAGCAUGUAUGCCUCUUCUAAUGUAACUUAUACUGAUGUUCAAAAAAGUAUAACCUGCACAAAAGAAGUUAUUGAUCGUACCUUAGGUCAUUUGCAAGAAAAGACUAAUACUUUACUUAAGAACUUGGCAGUUCCGCUAGAUAGUGCUGAAGUUCAAACACUUGUGAAGGAUUUCGACAAUGCUAGAAACAUGUUUGGCGACAUAGAUACUACAUUUAAACUAACUAAGUACUUUUCUGACAAUUUUUCCUUUGAAAAACCAACAGAAGUGUUUCUUGGUCACAGAUUAGAUUGUCUUAGAAAGAAUGGGGGGAAAAGCCAGGUGCUUGUGCCUGUCACAUGUCAGUACAUCUCAAUAAUUAACACAAUUAAAUUUUUAUUUAGUUGUGACAAAAUGCAGAAUAUGUAUAUGCAGUCUUGCGGUGAACGAGAUACAAUGCAUGAUUAUUGUGAUGGUGCUUAAUAUUCUAAACAUCCUCUUUACCGAAACCAUCCAAAUGCAUUACAAAUUCAGUUAUACUUCGAUGAUUUGGAAACAACUAAUCCUCUUGGAUCUAAAACAAAGAUUCAUAAAAUGGGGGCUGUUUGCUUUACGAAAUGUGCCGUCAGA